AUGAUCCACACUGGAGAGAAACCAUUCACAUGCACCAAGUGUGGGAAGAGUUUCAGCCAAUCAUCAUCCCUUAAUCUACACAUGAUGAACCACACUGGAGAGAAACCAUUCACAUGCCUUCAAUGUGGAAAGAGUUUCAGCCAAUCAUCAAACUUUAAUCUACACAUGAGGAUCCACACCGGAGAGAAACCAUUCACAUGCACUCAGUGUGGGAAGAAUUUCAAUUGCUCAUCACACCUUAAUCUACACAUGAGGAUCCACACUAGAAAGAAACCAUUCACAUGCGCUCAGUGUAGAAAGAGUUUCAGCCAAUCAUCAAACUUUCAUCAACACAUGAGGAUCCACACUGGAGAGAAACCAUUCACAUGCACUCAGUGUGGGAAGAGUUUUAACAGCUCAUCAUACCUUCAUCAACACAUGAGGAUCCACACUGGAGAGAAACCAUUCACAUGCACUCACUGUGGGAAGAGUUUCAACCAAUCAUCAUCUCUUUAUCUACACAUGAGGGUCCACACUGGAGAGAAACCAUUCACAUGCACUCAUUGUGGGAAGAGUUUCAGCCAAUUAUCAUCUCUUAAUCAACACAUGUGGAUCCACACUGGAGAGAAACCAUUCACAUGCACUCAGUGUGAGAAGAGUUUCAUCCGCUCAUCAUCCCUUAAUCAACACAUGAGGAUCCACACUGGAGAGAAACCAUUCACAUGCACUCAGUGUGGGAAGAGUUUCAGCCAAUCAACACACCUUGUUGAACACAUGAAGAUCCACACAGGAGAGAAACCAUUCACAUGCCCUCAGUGUGGGAAGAGUUUUAACAGCUCAUCAAACCUUAAUUUACACAUGAAGAUCCACACUGGAGAGAAACCAUUCACAUGCACUCAGUGUGGGAAGAGUUUCAACCGCUCAUCAAACCUUAAUCUACACAUGAGGAUCCACACUGGAGAGAAACCAUUCACAUGCACUCAGUGUGGGAAGAGUUUCAGCCGAUCAUCAUCCCUUAAUCUACACAUGAAGAUCCACACUGGAGAGAAACCAUUCACUUGCACUCAGUGUGGGAAGAGUUUCAGCCGAUCAUCAUCCCUUAAUCGACACGUGAAGAUCCACACUGGAGAGAAACCAUUCACUUGCACUUAAGCC